AUGUCGGCAAACGAUGUGGUGAUCAGCGGUAUGUCCGGUCGGUUCCCACUGUCGGACAACACCGACGAGUUGGCCCGCAAUCUGUAUGCGGGCACUGAUAUGGUCACCGGUGAUGACACCCGAUGGCCCAUAGAUUUAUUGGAUAUAAACCCACGGAUGGGAAAGAUUACGGACUUCAAUAAGUUUGACUCAACCUUUUUCGGACUGGCCGACCAACUGGUCACUGAGAUUGACCCUCAGGCCCGGAUGCUACUGGAGGUGGCCUACGAGGCCAUUAUGGACGCUGGCAUAAAUCCGCGUGAGAUUAGGGGCUCAAACACCGGUGUCUACGUCGGCGUAUCCAUGUAUCCGGCGUGUGAGGGCUAUCCCGAGGACAUGCAACCGGACGCGCGUUCAACGAUACAACAGUUGGCCCUCAUAUCCAUGUCUAACAUCAAGAACUUCUACGCGAGUCGUAUAUCAUUCGUGUUUGACUUGAAGGGGCCGUCGAUGAUAGUGGACACCGCCUGCUCGGCCAGUCUCACCGCCAUGACUGUAGCCAUGAAUGAUAUGAGACUCGGUCAAAUCGACAACGCUAUAGUGUGCGGCACUCACAUGGUAUUCGAGCCCUUCAUACUACAGCUGCAACAGGAGUCGGGUCUCUGUUCCCAAAAGGGUGUGUCGGCAGUGCUGGACGAGGGCGCCGACGGUUUCGUGAAGGGGGAGGCCGUGAACGGUGUGUUUCUGCAGCGCCGGCAUAACGCGCGUCGAGUGUACGGCACCGUCCGUACGGCGCGUAUGAAUAACGACGCGAAUAAGACGAUUGGGAUGUUCUUCCCGUCGACCGUAGCUCAGGAGGAGCUCAUGGUUAGCACGUAUACCGACGCCGGUAUAGACCCCCUCGAGUUGACCUAUUUUGAGGCUCAUUGUACCGGUACUAAGGUGGGCGAUACUCAAGAAGUGAAAGCUAUAUACAACGCUUAUUGUAAGGCACCGGGACGUCAGACACCAUUGCCAUUGGGGGUCGUGAAGAGCAAUUUGGGUCACUCGGAGGGCGGCUCCGGUAUUACAUCCAUCAUAAAAGUGUUGAUAUCCUAUGAGAAUGAAUGCAUUCCUCCGAACCGUAAUCUCAAUCAACUGAAGAGCGAGUGUGAGGAUUGGUUGGUGUCAAUAACCUGGGUAUUGGUGGUGCCAAUGCACACGUAA